AUGAAAGGAUAUUUAAUUCUCCUUUAUAUUCAAAUUGCUUUUGGAGCAUUUACGAUACCUCUCUACCCGAUCCAUAAAACUCCAGAAGAAAAAGCUUCAUUUUAUAAGUCCCUCAAAACCUUCAAAGCUGGAGCAGGCCCUACCAAUGUUCCAUUAACCUAUAAUUAUGAGUAUUACGGCUUAGUCCAAAUUGGUACUCCUCCUCAGAACUUUCAGGUGGUUUUUGAUACAGGCUCUUCCAAUUUAUGGGUUCCUAGCAGCAGCUGCUAUUCAGUUUCCUGCUCCCUUCACCAUACAUAUAACCAUUCCAAAUCAUCAACUUACAUCCCAAAUGGCAAAAAAAUUGGAAUUGGCUACGAAGCCGGCUCUGUGACUGGAUUUUUAUCUAAAGAUACAGUCACUUGGGGAGGAAUUCAGAUCCCGGGCAUUACUUUUGCAGAAAUGACGAGUUUUCCAGGGACUUAUUGGAGCUCAAAAGCAUUUGAUGGGAUUAUGGGGAUGGCUUGGGUGGCUGAGUCUGAAGACAAAAUUACCCCUGUUUAUCAGUCUAUACUUAAUUUGCUGAAUAUUUAAAUAUUCAAUAUCUUAUAUAAACAAGUAUAUUUUAGCCACAUAAGUAUAUGUAUAGCUUAGGGCUUAUCAAUGCAGACAGUUUUGCUAUGUAUUUAGUCCCAGGAAAUGGAAUUGGAAGUGCUUUAACGUUAGGAGGCUACAAUACAAGCUGCAGCAAAAAUGACUGAAAUUGGAUUCCAUUACUUAAUGAAGGGUUCUGGGAAAUAAAAAUUGACUCAAUUACUGUGAAUGGGAAAGCUAUACAAGUGACUGGGAUGAAAGCUGUCAUUGACUCAGGGACGCCUCAUCUUGUAGGGGAUAGCACAAUUGUUAACCAAAUUAAUGCAAUAAUUCCAACUGUGGCGUCUGAUUGCUCUAAUAUUGGGAGUCUUCCAAAUGUUGUAAUUACUUUGAAUGGUGUGAAUUAUACUUUAACAGGACAAGAUUAUGUGGUGCAGUUGAAUUCAGAAGGAUUGACGUCAUGUGAAACUGGCUGGACUCCUGAAAAUUUCCCAUCUUCUCUUAGAAAUGUUUUGAUUUUGGGCGACUUAUUUAUGCAUGUCUAUUAUAGAAAUUGCCCGAGGAUGGCGCUAUAUUGCGCCAUCCUCGGGCAAUUGGAGACACGGCUCCACACGGGAAUUGUGUUCCACGUGUGGAGCCAUUUUUCCACGUGGGAAAAUGUGGAUUCCACACGUGGAAAAAUGUGGAUUCCACACGUGGAAAAAUGGCUCCACACGUGGAAUACGGUUCCCGUGUGGAGCCAAUUUUCGCUUGCCCUAGGAUGGCGCCAUAUAGCGCCAUCCUAGGGCAAAUCCUAUAUACACAGUUUGAUUAUGGAGGUUCACGAAUUGGGUUUGCGACUGCAAUCUAA